GUUAGAGGUAGCUUCCCUAAGGUUAGAUAUUAAUUAUACGUAUUAACAGUAUAGUGUGGUGAUUUAACGAAAGGUACCCUAGCAUUAAAUAACUAAACAAAAGUAUGUCAGUCGGCAUCUCAUAUACUUUUAAUUUUAAAAGCCAACCACAACUAUCUCAAGAUGUUGAUGAUUGCGAAAUGAAUAAUGUAUAUGCUAAAAGGUUGUUCUAUCAACAAAAUAAGGGAAUGAUAUUACAGAAUUACAGUGCUAAUAAUUCGUUAUCAUUAAAUGAUAAAGCAAAUGAUGAAAAUGAAGGAGAAAAUAUUUAUAAUAUUAAUAAAGUACCAAUAACUAAAAGUAGUUGUUCAGAUUCAUCGCUUAAAGUUGUGGAUGGAAAUAGUAACAAUGGAUAUGAAAAUUAUAACUCCAACGAAGAAACUAGUCAGUUAGCAGAUCAUUCUUCUUUAUAUGCUUCUUCAGUGCAUAAUGAAUCUUCAAAUUUCUUUAAGCAGUUGAAUUCGCCUUCUUUAUCAGAUCGUUAUAUACCAUCAAGGAGAGGGAAUGCUUGGCAAACCAGAUUCUCAAUGCUGCCAGAUUCAAAAUCAGGCUGCAGCAAAACUCGUCGAUGUCGAGAUAGUUGUGUUAACUCUAUUGCACAUGAAGCAAAUAGGGAGGUUUACAUUGCUUAUUCAAGUUUGUUACGCAAUGAAUUGCUGGACUCUAACAUUGAGGGAGUAAGAAACCAGUGUGAAGAAAAAAGAAUAAAUCCUGUCACUGAUAUGAUUUCUCUCUUCCAGUAUUCAUCUCAAAAAGAAACUGAAAUGAAUAUCGAAUCCAUAGCACCUUAUUCUUUAUCACCUGUUAGUUCCAACAGCCAAAAGUUACUGCGCUCACCUCGAAAAGCUACUAGGAAGAUAUCUAGAAUUCCUUUCAAGGUUUUAGAUGCCCCAGAACUGCAAGAUGACUUCUACUUGAAUUUGGUCGACUGGUCUUCUCAAAAUGUUCUAAGUGUUGGUUUAGGAAGCUGUGUGUAUUUAUGGUCAGCAUGUACUAGUCAAGUAACAAGAUUAUGUGACCUUUCAACUGACGCUAAUUCUGUUACAUCUGUUUCUUGGAAUGAAAGAGGAAAUUUAGUUGCUGUUGGAACACAUCAUGGUUAUGUUCAAGUUUGGGAUGUUGCAGCGAACAAGCAAAUUUCAAAACUGCAUGGUCAUUCUGCACGUGUAGGUGCUUUGGCUUGGAGUGGUGAUGUUUUAUCAUCUGGAAGCCGUGACCGUAUGAUUCUUCAGAGGGAUGUUAGAUCUUCUUCAAAUAGUGAGCGAAGACUUCCUGGUCAUAGACAAGAGGUUUGUGGAUUGAAAUGGUCUCCUGAUAAUCAACAUCUUGCUUCUGGUGGCAAUGAUAACAGGUUGUAUGUUUGGAACAUGCAUUCUCUCACUCCUAUCCAGACAUAUACUGAACACUUAGCAGCAGUGAAAGCUAUUGCCUGGUCACCACACCAUCAUGGUCUUCUUGCUAGUGGUGGUGGUACAGCUGACAGAUGUAUUAGAUUUUGGAAUACCUUAACCGGUCAACCAAUGCAAUGUGUUGAUACAGGUUCACAAGUAUGCAAUCUUGCAUGGUCGAAGCAUUCCUCUGAAUUAGUAAGCACUCAUGGAUAUUCACAGAAUCAGAUAUUGGUUUGGAAGUACCCGACUCUCACACAAGUUGCUAAACUUACUGGCCACUCUUACAGAGUAUUAUAUUUGGCCAUGUCCCCAGAUGGUGAAGCUAUUGUUACUGGAGCUGGAGAUGAAACUUUGCGAUUUUGGAAUGUAUUUUCUAAGGCAAGAUCUCAAAGGGAAAGUAAAUCUGUGCUCAAUUUAUUUGGAAAUAUUCGUUGAGUCUUGUAAUGAUGCACUAUGAUGUGGUACUAUGAUUAUUUUAAGUUCCUUUCCAAUAUUUUUUGUUCAAGUUGGUUUUAUUUUUAAAUAGGUUUCAGAGGAACAGUAGAUUUCAUACAAUUUUUCUUGAGUAUUGAAACUAUUAGUGACAGUUGACAUUCUUAAAUUAAAUUGUAUGUAGAUACUAAAUUUGGAAUUAUUGUUUCAUCCAUCCAGUACACCUAGUAACAUUCAUUAAGUCAUGCAUUUUAAUUAUGUUCUUAAUGAGAACACUGUAAUGUCUUCACCAAACACUAUAAAUGUCAUACCAAAAUUAAAUUCAGUAUUGUGAUAUUAGUUUCAGCUAUUUUCCAGUACUUGCAAUAGCUUUAUGUUAAAUAAAUAAAUAAUACAUUUAUAUUUAUAUGUAUAUUUAUGUAUAAAUUUGUGCUGGAAAGCAGUGGAAUUAUAAUUGUACAAUGACUCUAGUUUAUUAAAUAUUAUUUAUUUUUUUAAAAUAAAAGAUAUAUUUGUUAUUAUUGUUUUUAAGUAGAAAACCUAUAUUAUAUAGAAUUUCAGUGGAAUCAAUAAGUUGUGAUUUAUUUACUGUAAUACAUUAAAUGUAAUAUAUAUAUAAGGAAGUACUUUGGUUUAUGUAACUGCGUAUGUAUAGAUUUAAGUGCUAAUAAAUCAGCACCUGCAUACUGCUGCAAUAUAUAAAUUUAUAAUUUUGUUAUUUGUUAUUUUUUAAAUUUUAUGAUUUCCAUCUUAUGAUUUUUUAUUAUAUUAAAAUAUUUACACUUUUUGUUCUAUAUUAUAAAUUUUAAUUAUUUAAAUUAAUUUUUAUUAAUACUUUAAUUUGAAGAAGUACUUAUAGUAAGAUAAAAUUAUGAUAAGCAGUUGAAAUAAUAUAUAAUUUUGUCAUACAAUUUUUUACAAUGUGUUUAUUUCAAAUUAAUUUUUGUUUUUUGGAACUUAUUGAUUUAAUAGCUCAUAUUUUCCUCAUGCAUAUAUAUAUAUAUAUAUGUAAAAUAUGUAAAUCUGUUAUUAUUUUAAAAAUUAAUCAAAGCUCUUAUCAGUUUAUUGUUUUUAAAUAAAAAAUUGUUAUUUAAAUAUAAAAUAGGAUUUACAGGAAUAAAACUUAUUGUUAAUGCUUAUACAAGUAAUAACUUUAAUUGAAAUAUUAA